AUGUCCACAGUGCCCUUUCAACGUCUCAAAGCCAUGAUGAUUCCAAAGUCCCCACUAUCUGGCAUCACCCUUGCGAACGUCCUCGCGGGAGACACUUGCUAUCCUAUUAGUCUUCGAAGCUUUGAAGCAUACUUGUAUCACAAGGAAUAUUCCCUGGAAAAUCUCCAAUUCGUUGUCUGGUUCCAAGAUUACCGGCGACGAUUCUUUGAGCUUCCGUCCGAAAUACAAAAAGCAAGCCCUGGCCCCCGGCAAUUUCGCUUCGCGCUUCCGACACCCGCACGGACUGCCCAACGUGUCGCGGAGAGCGAGCGCAAUGCGCUCUGUCACAUAGGCGAUACACCUGCCACACCUUCCGCGCACAAUUCUUCGUUCUUGUACUUCAGCGGGACUGCUGGGACGGAGUCGAACUACUUCCCCGGUUCUCCCCGUUGGCGCGACGACAUGCCGCCAGCGCUGGGAAUGCCGCUGCUAUGCGAAAGUGCAAACAGUACCGCAGAUAGAGGCGCAAGAACGCCGGCGGAGCAGCCGUUACGGGCAGAAUGUAUGCGAGCGGUAGCGACGUUCUUGCGGCCUGGUGUGACAAAAGAGCUCCCACUCGAUCCCGUCGUGCGCGACAUGGUGGUCCGCGAUCUGACCUGGAAUACCCAUCCCGAUACUUUCCUCCCGGUUUACGAGGAAAUAUAUACGAUGCUCGAGACCGUCAGCCUUGCACGCUUCCUUAACCUCGCAUCGACCAACGUCAACUGGCCGAAAAAAUUGUAUUGGUAUGCAUGCGGCCUAACAUACACGUUCGUUGGGCUCGCUAUUGGAUUGGCGCUCAUCGAGUCGCUGCCCGCUCCACCAGAGAGGAGUCGUGCAUGGCGCCUUUUCUCAGUGCCGUUUGUUACGCUUGGACUAAUGCAGAUACACUCCGGCAUCAGGGGAUUCUGCAGUGAUGUAUUCGGCCGUGGCCAUACGCAGCUGCGCGAGUGGGAACUGGCAGACAUGGAUGAAGAAGCCGCUGCCCAUUGGCGGCGUGUCCUGCAGCCUGAUGAUGCGAAUUGCGCCAGCAGCCGGAACAGGGGUGAGGGAGAUGAGGUGGAGAUGGUACGUAUGUCUCAGCGCGCACCGUGGGACGCGGGAGACGACGUCAACACCGAAGCAGUCGCGAUGGACGCGGGAACAGACAUUCCCGCUGUAUAUAUCGGUCCUGCGCAGCCUGCGAUAGAUGCUGUUGUACCGUUCGUGGAGUCUCCGGUCGAGUCUACUCUCGCGAGCAGCAUCGGGUCAUCCUCGCGCGAUGCACGGCAGAGACACGACACGCUGUCGACGCAGCAUCCACAUCUUCGGACACAUAUCUGGUCGAGGAAGGUAUACAGGAAGCACAGUGAAGACGACAUCUUGAAGAACAGCAACGAGCAUGACAGUCCGACCAUACGCCGCCGUCCGCCUGUAUUUGGCCCUGAGAGGGCUGUGCUCGAUCCGCGCAUCCAAGCUGCACAUGCUCGAGUUCUGCGGGAGAUGCUGUAUGUUGGUCUCUGGUGUGGAAUAGUGAGCAAUACUUUUACACCUACCUGA